AUGUCAGACGACUUAAUUCUGUCACUUUACCCGCCACCUCCCCCUUACGUUAGGUUCUUCACUGACGAGAACAAAGAAAAACUCAAAGAAUGGCAAAAUUCCGAUCAUGAUCCUGAUGCUCAGGCUCCUGGUGAACUCCGGUUUCUUGUGCCGCCCAAACAACCAGAAGGAACCCACUAUCGAGGGUAUGGUAACGUCUGGUCUUUUGAAGACAAACUCCCAUCACUCAAAGACACUGAGUGGGAUCAGUUAUACCCUGCCAAUGACGAGACUAUAACUCUGGAAACAAAGAUAUCUGAACUUCAUAAGCUCGUCGAUCUGCUUCUUCUAAACUUUUUGGAGUUAAUCGGCAUAGCAUCCAUCGAUCCAAGCAAACUGGAGCCGAAAAUCAAAGAUAUAUCAUUGAUUCUCAUCAACAUCAAUCACCUACUCAACACAUAUCGACCCCAUCAAAGUCGCGAGAGUUUAAUCAUGGUGCUUCGCAAGCAGAUAGAGCAAAAACAGAAGGAGAUGAAAGAAAUUGAUACAGUCACCGAAGAAAUACGACAACGUAUUUCUAAGCUAACAUAUCUCGAUGAGUUGCCUCAGGCAACGUCGCCUCGAGAUUCCUAUCAUGAACCAGUCGCCGACAGCAAACUUCAAAUUAUUAACCAAUUGCUAGCGGAUAUUUAA